AUGAUCACGUACUGCACGCGGCCUAACAUUAUCAUCACGUCCCGACCAUUCGCCAAGGCUCCGCCGAACCUGGACCUCGAGUUGGAAACCAUUGGAUUCGGCCCCGAUCAGGUGAACGAGUAUAUCGAAAUAUCCUUCACGAAUCCAGAAACGGGCGAAACUGAUCAGGUCAAAGUCGACAAGGUCCGGUCGUUUCUUCAAGAGCGCUGGCUCAUUCAGGGCCUUGUGCGCAUCCCAAUCCAAUUGGAUGCGCUUUGUUACACUUGGGAAGAGUUCGAUCCGGAAACUGUGCCAAGCACCAUGACUGGCAUGUAUAACUCUAUCGUGCAAAAGUUAUGGAAGAAGGAUGUUGUACGAUUGGAGAAGGUCAAGGAGGGUUAUGCUAAAGACGCUCAUGCUGCUGAGAUCGAGGGCAGAGUCACGGCUGAGAUUGCGCUGGUUGAAUGCCUUGCGUUCAAUGGCUUACACAAUGGUGUAAUAGAUUUCGCGCCCGUACAUCGAGCAAGUGUGGUCCAAUUAUACCCCCUACAAGAUUUGUCACUCGAUGAGACACUUUCGCGACUGUCUUUCUUACGAACUUCAGACAUGGCAGCAAACAUUAAGCACCGAAACUACCACUUCAUACACCUGACAUUUCAAGAGUAUUUUGCGGCACGUUAUUUUGUGCGGCAGUGGAAGGAACAGGGAGGACAACUCCAGUGUCUUACAUUCAGUAAUAAGGACACAGAGACAAAAGCAAGCCACCCUAUGGAUUUUCUUCAAAGACACAAAUACACAGCUCACUAUGACAUAUUCUGGCGGUUUGUUGCCGGUUUGCUGGACGGCAGCGGUCAGGCAGCAGAUUUCAUGAGUAAAAUCGAGGAGGAGCCGCUUGACCUCUUGGGUCCUACGCAUCAGCGACUGGUCAUGCAUUGCUUGAGCGAAAUAUCGAGCUUGCCAACGGGGCCGGCCCUAGAGGAUCGGUUGGCACAGUGGUUGUUAUUUGAAUGCAAAUUCAACAAAAGCGCGAUGCUAGCAAGUGAAAUCGAGUUUCCAGAGGUAGCCCUAAUGACUGCCCUACUCGAUAAGUCUAGUGAUGUUCAGAAAAUAAUUCUACAGUCACUAGCUUCUCGAGCCUUAAUUCCGCGAAGCAUCGCUGAAGUGGUGGCGGUGCGGCUUGGCGACGAGGACCGGGACGUGCGAUCGGCCGCUCUUUGGGCCCUAGGCGGGCGGGCGGCGCUGCCUGACAACGUGCUCACGGCCGUGGCGGCACGUCUCGGCGACAAGGACAAGGGCGUGCGAUCGGCCGCUGUCGAAGCCCUAGGCGGGCGGGCGGCGCUGCCUGACGAGGUGCUCACGGCCGUGGCGGCACGGCUCGGCGACAUAGACGGGGACGUGCGAUGGGCCGCUUUCCAGGUUCUAGGCAGGCGGGCGGCGCUGCCUGACGACGUGCUUAUGGCCGUGGCGGCUCGGCUAGGCGACAUAGACAGGCACGUGCGAUGGGCCACUGUCCAGGCCCUACGCGGGCGGGCGGCGCUGCCUGAUGACGUGCUCACGGCCGUGGCGGCGCGGCUAGACGACAAAGACGGGGGCGUGCGAUGGGCCGCUGUCCGGGCCCUAGGCAGGCAGGCGGCGCUGCCUGACGACGUGCUCACGGCCGUGGCGGCGCGGCUGGAUGACAAAGACUGGCACGUGCGAUGGGCCGCUGUCGAUGCCCUAGGCGGGCGGGUGGCGCUGCCUGACGACGUGCUUAUGGCCGUGGUGGCGUGGCUGGGCGAUGAAGACCGGCAUGUGCGAUCGGCCGCUGUUGAGGCCCUAGGCGGGCGGGUGGCGCUGCCUGACGAUAUGCUCGCGGCCGUGGCGGCGCGGCUAGACGACGAAGACGGGGGCGUGCGAUUGGCCGCUGUCGAGGCCCUAGGCGGGCAGGCGACACUGUCUGACGACGUGCUUACGGCCGUGGCGGCGCGGCUCGACGACGAGGACGAGGACCGGCACGUGCGAAGCACCGCUGUCGAUAUUUUAAUGCAUAGGCACGAGAAAUUCUGUUGCACCCUUCUUAAAGGGCCUCUCUUCCCAUCUUUUUAUAAGGCUUUACUUGAACGGAGUUUUGAGGAACAAUUAAGUUGGUGUAUUGCAAAAGACAACUUCUGUAUUAACAUGCCAGACGUUAUUACGGAAUUCUCCGCCGAUAUUCAACAGAACGAAUUUUGGGAAUGGAUAAACGGAGCGCGGCCAGCGGACUAUCCAUCCAGCAGCGGCGAGGAGAGCUUGUCGCAAGCCCUACUUAGUGGCUGA